GUUGCGGCAAUAAUGGCGGCCCCCGGCAGGCACGGGUUUUGCGUGGUUCGCGCAAUGCUCGGGGUCUUGCCGCUGGGUCCUAAAGCCGCAAGAGACUCGGCUCGCCGUCACCCCUCGUUCUUGGGGUGUCAGCGGCGGUGCGUGUCAUCCGCCACAGGAGCUUCUUCCUCAGGUCCAUGUCUGUCCUCGGCCCCUCGCCGUUGUGACCAGGGCUCUGCCCUGGAUCGCUUCCUCGGAUUCGCUCAGCAAGACGGUUCCCUGGCUCCGUGUGCCCCCGCAGUGUCUAUGCACAGAGAUGAGCAAGAUCUCCUCUUGAUCCAUCGUCCUGACAUGCCAGAGAACCCCCGAGUGCUACGAGUGGUCCUCCUGGGAGCCCCAAAUGCAGGGAAGUCUACCCUCUCCAACCAGCUGCUGGGUCGGAAGGUGUUUCCUGUUUCUAAGAAGGUGCAUACAACUCGUUGUCAAGCACUGGGAGUCAUCACAGAGAAUGAGGCCCAGGUGAUUCUACUUGACACACCUGGCCUCAUUGGACCCAAAAAGCAGAAGAGGCACCAUUUGGAGCUCUCUUUGCUUGAGGAUCCCUGGACGAGCAUGAAAUCAGCUGAUUUAGCUGUGGUUCUUGUGGAUGUCUCAGACAAGUGGACUCGAAAAGAGCUCAGUCCCCACGUGCUCCAGUGCUUGACCCAGUUCUCUCAGGUUCCUAGUAUCCUUGUUAUGAAUAAGGUAGAUUGUCUAAAGCAGAAGUCAGUUCUCCUGGAGCUUACAGCAGCGCUUACUGAAGGUGUGGUCAAUGGGAAGAAGCUCAAAAUGAAGCAGGCCUUCCAUUCACAACCCAGCCCAGAAGCUAUGGUCCCAGACACAGAACCUGUGAGAGGCCAUCAGAGGACUGGCUGGCCCCACUUCCAGGAGAUCUUCAUGUUAUCAGCUUUAAACCAAGAGGACGUUAAAACACUUAGGCAAUACCUCUUGGCACAGGCUCAGCCAGGGCCCUGGGAGUUCCACAGUGGAGUCCUCACUACCCAGACACCUGAUGAAAUCUGUGCCAACAUCAUCCGGGAAAAGCUCCUCGAGUACCUGCCCCAGGAAGUGCCCUAUAAUGUGCAACAGGAAACUGAGGUGUGGGAAGAAGGGGCAAGCGGCCAGCUGGUAAUCCUACAGAAGCUUCUGGUGUCCAAAGAAUCUCAUGUGCGGAUCCUGAUUGGUCAGAAGGGGAUGCUGAUCACCCACAUCGCACAGGAGGUGAGCCGUGACCUCAUGAACAUCUUCCUCUGUGAUGUUCAGCUCCGCCUCUCUGUGAAGCUCCUCAAGUGA